GUGUUCCACAUCCUCUUCAACUUGGGCUUCCUCUAUACCCUGGCUCCUUUAGAGGUUGGCUGCCGAGGUGCCUUCCUCACCACCUUCCUACUGUCCGGAAUUGCCGGGAAUUGGGCAUUUCUGCAAUAUGGCACAGCUCGCUAUGCCGUUGGAGCCUCUGGUGGUCUUUGUGGUCUAAUGGGCUUCGAACUGGUGUCCUUGCUUCGCAACCGGAGGGUGCGAGAGUUCAAGGCACUGCUACGGUCCGUGUUUGGCAUGCUUGUUAUGGGUGCCAUCCUCCCCGGAGUGGCCAAUGAAGCACACUUGGGUGGUCUCCUCGCAGGCGUCCUAGUCUCCUUCUUUGUCUCGCGUCGCAGCGGCUACCGGGGCGCUUUGCUGCCGUGGCCUGUGGUACUUGGGCUCUUGCUGCUGGCGCCCGGCAGCCGUCACUUCGUC